AUGUAACAAAGGGUUUUGGAGUGUUACCUGCUGCGAGGUUCCAAUCGUUCAUUCACAAGAUUUGAGGAGUAGGGGCUGUGUGAGAGAGCGCGCCAUACACAGGAGAGAGCUACAACCUUAGGGCUCGUGUCUAUUUAUUUAUAUAGAUAUUAUAUAUAUAUAUAUAUAUACACACACACAUAAAUCAUAUUUAUAUUCAGUAGAAAAGCUUUGUGUUUGUUUCUGUCUCCGUCUCAAAGUUUUGCAUUCUGUCGGUUCACAAUGCGCUGGACAAUGGGAGCACUUUCAAUGGAGCAGGGAGUCGGGUUGCUGUGGAGUGGCUGCUUGCUGCUAGAGUGGCUGGCGGUGGCGGGAGCGGCGGGCAGCCUACUGCUGGACACUGGCGAUAUGCACUCGAGCUUCGUGCACCGGCGCCUCAAGCAGCACGAGAAGAGAGACAUGCAGCGGGAGAUCCUCUCCAUCCUGGGGCUUCCCCACCGACCACGGCCACACUCGCACGGAAAACAGGACUCGGCGCCGCUCUUCAUGCUUGACCUGUACAACGCCAUGUCCAGCGGCGGAGGCGGCGAAGAGGAGGAAGAGGAUGGCGAGGGGUUCUCGCACCGCUACAGAGCCGUGUUCACCACGCAGAGCCCGCCGUUGGCCAGCUUGCAGGACAGCACCUUCCUCAACCAGGCCGACAUGGUCAUGAGCUUUGUGAACUUGGUUGACCACGAAAAGGGCUUUGCACUCUACCAACCACAUCAUCAAGAGUACAAAUUUAACCUGUCCCAAAUUCCAGAGGGAGAGGCUGUCACUGCAGCAGAGUUUCGGAUUUACAAGGAAUGGGUGAGAAGGCAUUUCGAAAAUGAAACAUUUCAGAUCAGCAUCUACCAGGUGCUUCAUGGGAAUGUCAAUAGCGAUACGGAUCUGCUCCUGUUGGAAAGUCGGACGGUUUGGGCCUCGGAAGAAGGCUGGCAGGUUUUUGACAUCACCACGACGAGCAAUCUGUGGGUGAUGAGCCCACUGCACAACCUUGGGCUCCAGCUUCACGUGCAGACCAUUGAUGGUCAAGGUAUCAACCCCAAAAUGGCAGGACUGAUUGGCCAACAUGGGCCUCAUGAUAAGCAGCCUUUUAUGGUGGCUUUCUUCAAGGUCAGUGAGGUGCACAUCCGAACGACACGAUCGACUACGAGUAAACGCAAGCACCAAAGCCGCACCAAAGCUGCGUCGGCUCAAGAGUCACCCAGAACAGCAAGCUUAUCUGAAUACAACACCAGUGACCAACGACAAGCUUGCAAAAAGCAUGAACUGUAUGUGAGUUUUCGGGACUUAGGAUGGCAGGACUGGAUAAUAGCCCCUGAAGGAUAUGCAGCAUAUUACUGUGAUGGAGAGUGCUCAUUUCCUCUUAAUGCACAUAUGAAUGCGACAAACCAUGCGAUCGUACAGACACUGGUCCACCUUAUGAACCCAGAUUACAUUCCAAAGCCCUGCUGUGCCCCCACUAAGCUGAAUGCAAUUUCGGUCCUCUUCUUCGAUGACAGCUCAAACGUUAUAUUGAAAAAAUACAGGAACAUGGUGGUCAGGGCAUGUGGCUGUCAUUAAAAGGACAAGAAAAUUCAUCUUAAUCUGAAACUACUGGAGAGUAACUAUAUCCUCAGUGCAUAGCAAUAUACAUCCUGGAGCAAUACCUCUGUAAAUAUUGUUUACAAUUUUUUUUAAAAGAAAAGUUUCUACUUAAAAAGGCUUUUGUAAUAUAUUUUGUACAUAGUUUUCAUACAAAUGUAAUUUAUUUGUUUUGGGGUUUUUAUGGUAACUUUUUUUUAAACUAGGGGCUGUAAUGAUAGCAGCCACUGGGUUUUAAGAGGGUGGAAGACAGUGCAAGAGAUUCAGGAGAAACCGCAUAUGAUUUUACAGCUUCAAAUUUGAGCUUUAUGAAAAGCUGCAAGGCCACUUCAUCACAGCCCCUGGUUCAGGCACAUUGUGCACAUUACUUUAUGAAACAAGCUCUGGACAAUCAUUUUUCUUAAGAAAUUUUUAUUAGAAAUUGCCAAGUAGUGUAAACUAUUGACAGUCCCACAUUCGUUUAAUGUUUCUUUUUAUACAAAAAUCUAAGUGCCAACCACACACACUUACUGCUCCCCUGUCUCUCGAAGAACAAUUCAUUCUCCAUACACACAUGCUAACAAUAAAUGAUGUUAAAGUCAAGUGGCUUUUUUUAUUUUGUGCAGUUUGUUCACACAAUGUACAUGGCAUCUUGGGGCUACACUCUGAAACACUUCUCUCAAGAAUUACCUUGUCAAUGGCAACCAGCUUGAAUAACUGACUAGCAUGUUUGAUGUAUUCAUUAAAUUUGAAAUCCUUCAACUUAAAACUUACAAAAUGAAAAAAGUUAGCUCUUUAGCCACUGCUUUAGUGUCCAGUUCUUUAAAAUAAAUUCAAUUAAGAGCAGUGUCUCUGGAGCUAUAUACAACAUAAGUUGUAACUCGUGGGUGAAAUAACAUGUUACCAUAUGAUGUGGUAACUGCUAAAUUACCCAGUUUUGUUCACGCAAGGGAUUUUUAAGUGCUCUUGCUUUUUGGGGAAAUGUGAUUACAAUCCCUAUAUGGAUACUGUCCAUACUGUCUUUGAUAUCAUUGUGUUGUUAAAGUCUUUACACUCUACACUAUUAUUAAUCACUUGUUAUAAACUGGCUUGGCUUCCUUUUUAUUAACUUGUGCAGGUGAACGUGGCUUGAAGAUGUGCUGAGGUAUUCUUGUUUCGUUUUCUUCCCACAGUAUUAUAAUUACUAAUCAGGUACAUUUGAUAUCCCAUGAUUGUCUGAUAACAACACAUGAACCACAUCCAUUGAAGUGUUAAAAGAUGGCAGAUAGGGGUGAUAAACAAGCAAGAUCUCACCAUUCAGUACCACAUACUUCGAAGGCACCACUAUAUGGUGAAAGUUGAAGCCAACUUAUUCUUCCAGAAGGCUGGUAAGUUGGCAACAACCUUUAUGGAUAUACGUUGAUGACCAUGAAAAAAGUUUACAUUAAAAAAAACACACAAUCUUGUAAACAGUGACAUAAAGUGGUGGUUGGACCAAAAAAUAACAUGUUUUAUAGUUCAUCCCUGGCUUGCUGUAGGACAUAGUUGUGAAGAGCUUCCAAAUCUCGCGCUCCAUUGUAUUCAUUUAACUGCUGACCACCACGGAACAACAGCAAUGUUGGAUAACCACGGACCUUAAAUCAAAAGCACACGCUUAGUUUAAUUUUUCUCAAUAAGAGCGUCAGUUCCCAAUACAAACAUGACACUGGGAACUAUCUGCACAGUUAUAUCCCUAAUGUCAGGUCAGCUCUUUCUGCCCAUGUAAACUUUUAACUCAAUCCUUUUAAGGUCACAAACAUAAAUAAGGGAACAAAAUAAAACCUUCCAGUCUCCCUAUUUUCUGGGGAAGGUAACCCUGAAAGAUUGACAUCUUACAUUUACUAAAGUGCCCUGAUUAAAAUUCCAAAAAGUGCCCAGUAAAGUAACUCAUUCCAUUAGAUUGGCUUCUGGUCUGAGACAAUACCAGGGGUAUCUUCCAUCAAUUUUGCCUUCUCCGCAACUGUUUGCUCAGUCAGGUGAUCACAGGGCUGGCCUGGAGGAGGACAACUAGAGGUAGUAGAAAAUAAGUCAUGGUAAACUACCCAGCCUCAUCCUCUACAAAUACCCUUUUGUGUGAACAUACACUAUUUGCAAUCUGUAAUGUUACUACCCCCAUACUAAAAUGUAUCCUGGUGACUCAUUCAGUCAAUUAAAAAUUUGCAAACACUGAUUUUUGUUUAGUUGAAGCAACAAGUGAUGAGAAACCAAGGCUGUGUGUCUGAUUUAAUUUCACAAUCUCUAAAUGACAUAAUGGGCUGAAUGUCUUCAGUGGAAGCAAAGCACGGUGACUCAGUGGUUAGCACUGCAGCCUCACAGUGCCAGGGACCCAGGUUCGAUUCCAGCCUCGGGCAACUGUCUGUGCAGAGUUUGCACAUUCUCCCAGUGUCUGCGCCGGUUUUCUCCGGGUGCUCCGGUUUCCUCCCACAGUCCAAAGAUGUGCAGGCUAGGUGGAUCGGCCAUGCUAACUUGCCCAUAGUGUUCAGGGGUGUG